GAAAGUCGUGCGGUCCACCAGACAUCAUGAACGGCAACUUUGACUACACGACCAACCUCCUGUUCGGGGCGACAAUAACCUUCACCUGUAACGUCGGGUACCGAUUAGUUGGGGAGCCGUCUGCGCAAUGUCUGCUUGAAAACAAUGAAGUUUCUUGGCAUCGCAUUCCACACUGUGCCAGUAUUCCCUGUUCACCACCUCUUGGGAUCGAGAAUGGGAAGCUCGUCAAUGGGGACAGAGACUUCACCUUUGGGAUGGCUGUAACUUACAGCUGCAACGAAGGUUUUGCUCUUAUUGGAGACGCCACGAUUCACUGUACGGCGGAUGAUGACCUGGAGGGAAGAUGGAGCGGUCCAGCCCCUGAGUGCAAAGUGGUCAGAUGUAAAAAUCCAGAAGUGAAAAAUGGGAAAAGGUUGUCUGGCUUUGGCACUGAGCACACGUAUAAAAAUACAGUGACCUUUGAGUGUGAUCCUGGUCAUUUACUGAAUGGUAGUGGUGUCGUCACCUGUGAAGCAGACAGUAACUGGAACCCACCUCUGCCAACGUGUGACCCGAUCUACUGCGGUCCUGCUCCACGCUUCCCUUUCGCUGAGCUGCCAAGGGCUGUGGGUGACAGCUCUCCUGCUGGAACGGAGCUGAGCUAUCGGUGUAAGCCGGGUUACACAGCAGCACAGGGAAAGUCCUCUCUUGUCACUUGUCUGAGUGACACAACUUGGUCUGCAGACCCUGACUUCUGUAUACGACAGGCAUGUACUCCUCCUGCGAUAGAGAACGGGGAUGUGACCGCAGACAGUUUCCUCUUUGAGACCGUCGUGACGUUCACCUGCCAUCCGGGGUUUGAAUUAAAGGGGCCGUCUUCUGCCAAAUGUGUGGUGUCGGGAAGCGGAGUUGAUUGGGAUACAGCGUCUCCAUCCUGUCAAAGACAGCUCCCUGCCGUUCUCUGUGGAAAGCCACCCGCGAUUGACAACGGGAGCCACAACGGCACAAAGGGCACCGGCUUCGUCCAAGGCUCCGUUGUAGUUUAUAAAUGCAACGAUGGCUUCACCCUUGCUGGAGCAGCCUCUGUUCACUGUAAAGUCGAUCAGCGGUACCAUGGAGUCUGGAGCAAGCCCACGCCUGAAUGCGAAGGGGAUGUUCCUCCUGUGGAACAGCUCCCUGCCGUUCUCUGUGGAAAGCCACCCACGAUUGACAACGGGAGCCACAACGGCACAAAGGGCACUGGCUUUGCCCACGGCUCCACUGUAGCUUAUAAAUGCAACGAUGGCUUCACCCUUGCUGGAGCAGCCCUUCUUCGGUGUAUUGCGGGAGAUCGAGACCGGGGAGUCUGGAGCAAGCCCGCUCCUGAAUGCAGAGGUGGAGCGAACAUGAUCAUUGCUGGAAUCUUCCCCCUCCUCCUGGUGAUGCUGGUUACGAACAUCUAG